ACUGAGUUAAAGUGUUGACAAUUUUUUUUUGAUAUGAAUCUCGAUGUUUUUAAAGUGUCCUGUUUUAAAAUACGUCAGUAUCAACAAGGACGAAAAAAGUGUGAUCAACAAUCAUCCAAUAAUCGUAUGUUUUCGGUAAAAGUUAAUAAUGUAAUUUAUUGUAAUGGAUAAUGUGUAAAAGUUUGAAAUCACAGUCAUUUCAUGAACAGCAUACAUAUUUUUUUAAAUGAAAUAUUACAACGAAUCGAGAAAAAAAAAUGACGAAAAAGCGAUAAACGAAAACAAAACGAGUUUAUCGAUCAAACACUGUAAAACAACAGUAAUGAAAAAUGAUUAUAGUAAGUCAUUUAAAUCAACCAAUCGAUAUAACAAAGACAUUCUGAGUGAAUUGAAUAUAAUUCAAUGUUCUAUCUGUUAUUUCAAUAAUUGAACUAAAUUUGAAUGAAUGCUGUUGAUAUACAUAAGUCCAUCCACCAAAAAAAAAAAAAAGCCAUUUUAGUUAUCAGUGUACGUACAGCUACGCAAGUUAUUCAUUCAUAUUAAAUAAAACAAAAACAAAACAAAAAAGUUAGUGUGUAAGUGCAUCCAAACAAGAAUAAUGGGCAACAAAUGGUUUUCAAAUGGCAAUUUUUUUAAUUUCGCACAAACAACAUUACGUCCAAAUCGACGAUGGAAUUAUUUUGAGUUCGUUGUGAUCAUAAUAUUACAAUAUUUAUUAACGAUUGGAAAUUGUGUUGUGGCCGAUAAUGUGUGGUCAUCAACAUGGUCACCGAUCAAUUCAAGAACAAUCCCUUUCAUGGGCCCAACCAAUACACACGAAAACAGAUCAAUAGAACAUAUCUAUUUGCGUGAUAUAACCGAAAACAGCAAUAGUAGUGAAAGCUGUGUAUCAACAGCCUUUCAAUGUAGAGAUGGCACAUGUAUACCACUGAUUUGGCAUUGUGACAAUAAACGCGAUUGUGACGAUGGAUCGGAUGAAGGAAACUGCGAUAAAACUCAACAAUGCAACACUCAACAGUUCGAAUGUUGGAAAACACGACGGUGCAUACCACGCAAGUGGUUGUGCGACGGAUCAAGUGACUGUGGGCCAUUUGAUACGUCUGACGAAGACGAAUCUUUGUGUCGGUUAAAAAAAUGCUUACCAAAUCAGAGUGAAUGCGCCAGUCCAAGUGGCACUGGUCCUGUUUGUAUCGAUACCGAAAAAUUCUGCGAUGGAACUUUUCACUGUGUUAACGACGAAUAUACCGAGUACUGUGAUAAUGGCACGUUAAAAGCGGAUUGCAUUGCCUUGAAUUGUUCCUAUGGUUGCAAACCAACACCACUUGGAGCAAAAUGCUACUGCAAUCAUGGACAACAGCCCAAUGGGUCACAGUGCGAUGACAUAAACGAAUGUUUGACAACAGAUAGCUGUGAUCAAAUAUGUAAAAAUAUACCCAAUUCAUUCGAAUGCUCGUGUGUGGAUGGUUAUGAGUUAGUUAAUAAAACAAUUUGUAAGGCGAUCAAUUAUCCUGUUAAUGAAACGGCUUCCAUUAUAUUUAUUACCGAAAAUAAUAUUAAAAAGGUUCCACUUGGCAGCGAAUCAUUCAAUAAAAGUCAACAAUAUCUGGCAAAUAUUCAAACGUUUGACAUUUGGCAUGCCAACCGAACAAUUUGUGCCAUAAAUGGAUCAAAUAGCAACAAUCCCAAAGAUCUGACAUGUUUUAAUGUCGACAAUUUCAACGAAAUAUGGAAAUUUCCAAAGCCAGAAAUCAUCACGAGAUUGAAUUCCGUUGAUAUCUUGAGAAUCGAUUGGAUUACAGGAAACUGGUAUUUCGUAAAUACUGAGAAUGGAUUGAUUGUUUUAUGUAAUCCAGCAAUGACGUUGUGCUCAAUUAUUGUUGAAAUCAGCCGCCAAAAAAUAAACACACUGGAAUUAGAUCCACUCAACGGUUUAAUAUUUUUCACAACAUCAGAUUCGUUUGGCAGUUUACUUCAAGCAAAUAUGGAUGGUUCUAAUCAGACAAUUAUCGAUUCGUACAAGAUUUUCUAUCCAUCUAGUUUGAAAUUGGAUUUGGCAAAUGAACAGAUUUAUUGGCUUGAUAAGUACAUGGAUUACAUUGAACGGGUUGAUUACAGUGGCAACACUCGAUGGUCAUUAAAAGCACUUAUUGGUAGUUCAAUGCGACCAAUGCACGCAAUCGCUUUGUUUGAAAGUAAUAUUUACAUAACAAAGCGAUCGAUGUCACAUUUAGAGAUGUGGCGCAUCAAUCGACGUAAUACAAGUUCGGUUGAAAGAAUUUUUGUCACUAAAGAGCAACCGCUUGAAAUGCGUAUAUUUCAUGCUCAAAGUCAACCAAAUGCACCAAAAUCGUGGAUUGAUCCAAAUCCGUGCUCGAAUAAUACAACACAUUCGAUGAAUUGCGAGCAUUUGUGCGUUUUGGCUUAUGGUAUAACAAAAAAGAUACAAGCCCAAUGCAUAUGCAGUGCCGGCUAUCAAUUAAAAAAUCAACAUAGAUGCGUUUUGAUUAAACAAAAUUCAUUUUUAAUAUAUGCCAAACAAAGUCCAGAUAUGAUUCGAGGUAUAUCGAUUUCGAAUACAACAGACAUUUUAGAUGCACAAGAAUGUAUGGUGCCAAUUUUAAAUGUAAAAAGACCACUCAGCCUGGAUUAUAAUAUGAAAAAUCAACUGAUAUACUUUGGACAAAAUGACAUAGCAAGCCAUGAGUAUAUAAUCGAAUCACAAAAUUUGGAUGGAACGAAACGUACUGUCAUUCAACAAGGUCGUGGUCAUUGUCAUAGCAUUGCAUACGAUUGGGUGGGAAAUAAUAUUUUCUGGGCAUCCACAAGAAAAAUUGAUGUUUUCAAUUUGGCACAUCCUAAUAUCACGAAAACACUUAUCCAUAUAGUUAAUGCGGGAUCGAUCGCGUUGCAUCCCAGCAAAGGUUUACUGUUUUGGUCAACAUGGGCAUCCGAAAAUAGUAUAGGACAAAUCAUGGCAUCAUGGAUGGAUGGAACUCAUAAAACUGUAUUUGUUGAUAUGUGUUCGAACAGUAACAAUUGUACGAGCAUUCAAUGGCCAUCUAGCCUAACAAUUGACUUCACUGAGAAUUAUUUAUAUUGGUGUGAUAUACGCAUGCAAACCAUUGAACGAAUUGGAUUGGAUAAUAAACAUCGUGAAAUUAUUCUACAAGCCAAUAGAAACUUUCAUCCAUAUUCAGUGGCCAGUCACAACGCAUUCAUUUACUUUACAGACACAUCUAACGGAAAUAUUACGAAAUUCAAUGUAAACGAGGCGAACAAUCAACGAAAAUUCACAUUAUUGUCACAAAAAAAUCAUCGAAUAACUCACAUCAAAAUUUUCGAUAAUGUAACUCAAUCGAAUUCAGAGAUAUGUUAUAAUAAGCCCUGUCCAGGUCUAAUGUUGGCCACACCAAAAGGAUGUCUUUGUGUUUGUGGUAAUGAUUUUGAUUUGAAUGCAAGUGGAACACAAUGUUUACGUCAAACGAAAACAACCGUUAAAAAUACAUGCACUGCCGGUCAGUUUAUGUGCAAAAGUAGCGGCGAAUGUAUUAAUACAUCAUCAUUAUGUGAUGGGGACGCAGAUUGCAUACAUGAAAGUAAUGGAGAAAAUUCGUACUCAGAUGAUGAAUCUUAUGCAGAUGAUGGACCAUGUAACAUCAAAAAUAACAACUGUACCUUCAACGACGGAAGGGGUUUCUUAUGCGAUGUUAAUCGAUGUUUACAAAAAGUUGUUUUGUGUGAUGGAAUCACGCAAUGUGAAGAUCGGAGCGACGAAAGCCCUGAACGAUGUGCUAUUACUCCUUGUCCACCAGAUAAAUUUCAAUGUAAAAAAUCCAAACAAUGCAUUUCCAGAAAUUUUCUCUGUGAUGGUACUGCUGAUUGCGAUGACAAAAGCGACGAAACGGAAAAUUGCACCGAAUGUCCCGAAUUUCGAUGCAAAAAUGGUAUUUGCAUUUUAUAUGAAAAUGUGUGCGACGAAAUAAACCAAUGCGGAGAUUCUUCCGACGAAGAGCAUUGUUCGCACGAAUGCAAGAAGGGAGAGUUUUUUUGCCAUCCAAAUGGCUGUUUAACACAAGAUAAAUUUUGUGAUGGCACCGUAGAUUGCUAUAAUUCACUCGAUGAAGUUGGAUGUAUUGAUAAAACCACAGCAAUGGCCACACCAAAAAUUCACCGAAUCGAUAAAAAUAUAACGAUAUCACAUCAUUGUGGGCCUCAUGAAUUUCAAUGCACCAACUGGAAAGAAUGUGUGCCAUUGGAAGUGCGGUGCGACCAGUACCACGAUUGUUUUGACAAGAGUGACGAACUGAAUUGUACAACAUUCAAAAAAAGAACUCACAAUUUCACAUUUGGUGACAUGGGCUGUUCUCAUCCGGAUCGGGUUUGUGCACCCACCGGAAAUUGUAUACGUGCUCAUCAACUUUGUGAUCAAGUUAUCGACUGUCCUGAUCACUCUGACGAAGGAUUUCAGUGUGAGAAUAAGCUUUGUGAUCAAAAUUCCGAAUGUUCACAUAUUUGCCAUAAUGCACCCGAAGGUUUCGUAUGCUCUUGUCCAUCGAAUAUGUUUUUACUACCGAAUGGACUUGUAUGUAGUACAGAACAUGCAUGCGAACAUUGGGGCACAUGUUCACAAAUUUGCGAACAGGUUGGAAAACGAUAUAAAUGUAGAUGCCGUGAUGGUUUUACGUUGCAGUAUGAUCAAUUUACAUGUCGCAGCAAUAGUCCAGAUUCACCGUAUGUUAUAUUUAGUAAUCGUGAAGAGAUUCGUGGUGUUGAUUUGAGAACAUUAGCUGUUAAAAAAUUUUAUGCUUCCCUUCGAAAUACGAUUGCCAUUGACUUUUUGCUCGAUAAUGAUACAAUGCAAAUAUUUUGGACAGAUGUUAUUGAUGAUAAAAUAUAUCGUGGAACAUUAUUGGGUGAUGUUAUUCGAAAUAUUGAUGUUGUCGUUCAUUCUGGUUUGUUAACGGCUGAAGGAUUGGCAGUAGAUUGGAUCGGUUAUAAUUUAUAUUGGGUUGAUUCGAAUUUGGAUCAAAUUGAAGUGGCUCAAAUCAACGGCUUAUAUAGACGUACAUUAAUUGCCGGCGAAAUGGAUAGCCCACGAGCUCUGGCUCUGGAUCCACGUGAAGGUUUACUCUUUUGGACGGAUUGGGAUAAGAGCAAUCCGCGUAUUGAACGUUGUUCGAUGGCUGGCGAAUACCGACAAACAAUCAUUGAGGUUGAUAAAUCUUUAGGUGGAUGGCCAAAUGGUCUUACUCUAGAUUAUGCACAAAAACGUAUUUAUUAUAUCGAUGCACAUUCAGAUUCGAUACAUACAACAAAUUACGAUGGAAGUGACCACCAUUUGGUGAUUCGUGAUCAAGAAACUUUAUCACAUCCAUUCAGUAUAUCAUUAUUCGAGAAUUAUGUCUAUUGGACGGAUUGGAGAACGAGCUCGGUGAUGAGAGCGAACAAAUGGAAUGGUUCGGAUGUAACAACCGUUGAUCGUACAGCAUCGCAACCAUUUGGAAUACAAAUUUUACAUUCAAGUAGACAACCACGCGAAGGAUCAAGUCCAUGUGCAAAUAAAAACGGUGGUUGUUCGCAUUUGUGUUUAUUAAGCAUUUCAAAAACAAUGAAAUGCGAAUGUCCACAUGUGAUGCAGCUCAGUUCUGACAACAAAACAUGCAUACAAAAUGAAGAAGUCUUACUGUUUUUGGUCGGUUCGGAAAUUCGCGGAAUUAAUCCACAAACGAAUCAUUAUAUCAUUCCGACGAUAAGUCAUGCCACCCAGGUUCCGGAGAUGAACAAUAUUGAUUUUUUGUUUAAUGAUAACCUUUUAUAUUGGACGGACAAAUCAGUCGAUGAAAUCAGAACAUCUGGUUUAACGAAUGGCAAUGUCGAAACUAUUUUAGAUACAGAUUUUACGAAUAUUGGUGGAUUUGCCAUUGAUUAUAUCGCUAAGAACAUGUUUAUAGCCACAGCUGGUCGGUAUGGAAGUUCAAGAAUUCGUGUUUGUAACAUAGAAGGUGAAUAUAUUGCCGAUAUUGUCACUGGUCUACGUGGAGUAAAUUCAAUAACACUCGAUCCAUCAAGCGGAAUCUUAUACUUCUCUUAUGAGAAUUACAACAGUACAAUGUUCUAUAUUGGACAAUCUUCACUUGAUGGAUCGAAUCGACGAAUACUUCUGAAUAGUUCACAGCCAAUCGGAAGUCUAACCGCUGAUAUUGAAAGCAAUCGUCUAUAUUUCAUUCGAAAACAGACUGGUGCUGUUGAAUACUUAAAUUUAAAUUCAUCGACCGUUCAUGAAGUUGUUCCACCAGAAAAAUUAUUUCUCGGUUACAGAAAAGUUGAAAGCAUCGCAAUUUACAAAGAUGAGAUUUAUUUUGCCGAAUCAACGGAUGCAAAAAUUGAGAAAUGCGAUAAAACCACCUGCACGAAUCGUACAACUGUACGGAUAAACAAAGAUAUUGUUUAUUCAUUGGCAAUAUUUCAUUCGGGUGCACAACAAGGCACAAAUGCAUGCUCGAAUCUCACAAAUAAAUGCGAUCAUUUGUGUUUGGCCACAUCAAGAACUGAAUAUGUUUGUAAGUGUGCCAUUGGUUAUAACAUUGAUCCAAGAAAUUCGUCCAAAUGUAUUGGAGAAAAAGAAUUUAUUUUAUACUCAAUUGGGCACGAAUUGCGUGGAAUUCGAUUGAAAAGAAGCAACAGUAAUACGAACGAUACAUUGUCAGAAGAUCGAUUACGUUUCAACGACCAUGUACUUCCUCCGAUACCUCGAAUUUCCUUGGCCACAAAUAUUGACUAUCAUCAUCGAUACGAUCUUUUGUUUUAUGCUGACAGUGACAAAGGUGAAAUAACCAGCAUCAAAAGAGAUGGAACCAAUCGACAAGUUAUCGUUAAUCAAAUGGAUCUAUUUGAUGCCAACGGUGGCGACUGGCUUACUGGCAUCGCUGUUGAUUGGAUCGCUGAUAAUAUUUAUUGGUGUGAUGAAAAGAGAAAUAUUAUCGAAGUUGCACGAUUGAAUGGAAGCCUGCGAUACGUUGUUAUUUCGUACGUCAAUAAACCAAGUGGCAUUGCAAUUGAUCCGAUUGUUGGAUAUAUAUUUUUCAUUGGUGGUGAUAAAAAAGGCAUGUAUUUUAUUGCACGUUCACGAUUAGAUGGCAGCGAUUAUAAAAUCCUUUCGAACCAAUCAAUACAAAUCACAAAUCUUGUACUUGACAAAGUCAAUCAAAUAGUCUAUUGGUGUGAGUCAGCAUCACGGAUAAUUUGGCGAAUGGAUUAUGGUGGUGAAUCCAAAUCGAUUGCAUUGAACAGAAGCAUUGAAAAUCCUGUAGCAUUAUCAAUCUACAAUUCGAAACUAUACUGGGCCGAUAAUUCACAUCAGAAUGGAACAAUAAAAGUGGCAUCCAUCGAUGAUCUAACACAAAUUCGAACGAUUUUAACUAGCUAUGCGAAUCCAUUGAAUGAUUUAAAAAUAUUUUCGCAUGAAGUUCAAAAUGGUCAAAAUAAUUGCUCAAUUUCAAAUGGUAAUUGUGAAGAACUCUGUCUAUUUAAUGGUACACAUCCGGUAUGCGCCUGUUCGCAUGGUGAAGUUGGCAAUGAUGGCAAAUCUUGUGUGCCUUUCGAUGAAUUCCUGAUUUAUUCACGUGUUGUAUCCAUCGAAAGUAUUCAUUUGACCAAUAAUUUGAAUAUGAACAGUCCAAUACCAAAGAUUCAACAUCCAAAAUUACUACGAAAUACAAUUGGAUUGAGUUAUAAUUAUGCAAAACGUCGUAUUUUCUAUUCGGAUGUGCAUUCGAGUUCAAUCAAUUGGGUUUAUUUCAAUGGGACCGAUCAUCAAAUACUUGUGAGCAAACAAGUAUCGGUCGAAGGAAUUGUAUAUGAUCCAGUAAGUGAACAUCUAUUUUGGACAUCGAACAGUGACGCUUCUAUUAGAUCAAUUGACACCAAUAAUCUGACAACCGAUUAUGAAAAUAAUUUUAAUUUGGUGAAACAAGUAAUUCAAUUGAAUAAUCAUGACAAACCGCGUGGAAUUGCCGUUGAAUCAUGUAUGGGAAUGAUUUAUUGGGCCAAUUGGAAUGCUGAUGCGGCAUCCAUUCAACGAUGCUACAUCACUGGAUACAAUUUACAAAGCAUUAUCACGACAGAUAUUCGAAUGCCGAACGCAAUUGCAAUUGAUUUUGAAAGCCAUAAAUUGUAUUGGGUUGAUGCCCGAAUCGAUAAAAUUGAAAGAGCCGAUUAUGAUGGAUCGCAUCGUGUUAUUUUGGCUCAUUCAACUCCAAAGCAUCCGUUCGCAAUUUCAGUAUAUAAAAAUUAUCUUUAUUUCACCGAUUGGGUAUUACGUGCAGUGGUUCGUGUCAAUAAAUACUCUGGCGGUGAUGUCACAUGGCUGCGAAAGGACAUUGGACGAUUGAUGGGAAUUGUGGCUAUUAGCAAUACAACCGAAGUAUGUGAUGCAAAUCCGUGUCUGAUAUUGAAUGGCGGUUGUGAAGAUGCCUGUUUCUUUAUCAAUGAAAAAAUAAAAUGUGAAUGCACAAGCGGAAGAUUGGCAAUGGAUGGUAAAAGAUGUGUUCAAGCAACUUCACAGUGUCCCAAUGGACAAUUUAAAUGUAAAUCAGGAAUCCAAACAAACGAAACGAAUAUAUCAAAGGAUACAUGCAUACCAUUUGAAAAUACUUGCGAUGGAAUAAAUCACUGCUAUGAUGGCAGCGAUGAAAAUACUAAUUAUUGCAACACUCGAUUAUGUCCACCAAACUAUUUUAUGUGCAAUAAUCGACGAUGCAUCUCCAUGAACUUCACGUGUGAUGGCAUUGAUCAUUGCAGUGAUGGAAACGAUGAGAUUAUUUGUGAUUGUAAACCAAAUGAACAUUUUAAGUGCGCUUCUGGUCAUUGCAUUGAUAAAUCGUACAAAUGUGACGGAGAUGCUGAUUGCCCUGAUGGCAGUGACGAAAUGGCGGAUUGUCCAAAUCUUGAAAAAGUGUGCGCCGGAAUGCCCGGAUCAUUUUUGAGAUGUGAAAAUAGCUCAACAUGUUACAUGAAUUCAUGGCGCUGUGAUGGUGAUAUGGAUUGUAGUGACGGCAGCGAUGAGGCUGAUUGUCCAAAAAUUACAUGCCCCGAAAACAAAUUUCAAUGUAAAAAUGGCCAAUGUAUUGAUAUUGCUUGGCGUUGCGAUGGAGAAAUCGAUUGCCAUGGAUCGGACACAUCCGAUGAGUCGGAGGAAAAUUGUUACUUAAAUGGGACACGUGCUGAAUGCAAACCAAAUUACUUCGCAUGUGCCGAUGGUUCAAACUGUAUUCCAUCUACUUGGCAAUGUGAUUUGAGUCCAGACUGUGUGGAUGGUUCCGAUGAAGGCGAACAUUGUAUGUCUCGUGAAUGUGGUUCGGAUAUGUUUAAAUGUGCUGAGUCGGGUCGAUGUAUACCGUUGGGAUGGGUUUGCGAUGGUGACAUCGACUGUCCAGAUGGCAAAGAUGAAUUUCCAGAUUCAUGUAAAAGAGAUUGCAAUUCAGGUGAAGACGAAACAAACUGCACCAAUUCAAUUACAUGCCCGGAAAACAUGUUUACAUGCGGAAGUCAUGAGUGUAUCGAAUAUGUUUACUUCUGUGACGGUUCAACUGACUGUGUUGACGGCAGCGACGAACCAGCUGGAUGCGUUGAGUCUGCACUGAAGCGACCAUCAACGUGCAGUGGUGAUCAGUGCAAUAAAAUGAAUACCACAUCGAUUUGUGCUUCACCGGAAUUUUACAGAUGCGCAAAUGGUGUUUGUAUACCAGAGUCAGCUUUGUGUAAUGGUGAAUUUGAUUGUGGUCCAACGGACUUUAGCGAUGAAGAAUUAUGCAAUAUAGAUGAAUGUAAGUUAUCGUCUGAACCAUUGUGUGCACAUAUUUGUGAAGAUCGUAAACAUGGCUAUGAAUGUCUAUGCCAUUCUGGAUUCAAAGUAAGUCACAAACAACGAAAUUUAUGUGAAGAUAUCAAUGAGUGCUUGGAUCGUCCAUGCAGCCAGAUAUGUACGAAUACAAUCGGAAGUUAUCAUUGUUCCUGUGUUGAUGGUUAUGCAUUAAAAGAGAAACACAUUUGCAAAGCCAUUACAACCGAACAAGCCAAAUUGAUAUUUUCGAAUCGUUAUUAUUUGCGAGAAACCGAUCUACAAGGUCAUUCAACAUUGAUAGCGCACAAUUUAUCGAAUGCAGUUGCAUUAGACUAUGAUUAUGAAACAAAAUGCUAUUACUGGUCAGAUGUUACAUCGACAAUUAGCAAAAUUAAGCGAAUGUGUCCAUGGGAUAAUAAAACCGUUGAAAUUCAUCAACACAACCUCAAGAAUCCAGAUGGACUGGCAGUUGAUUGGAUCGCAAAGAAUUUGUAUUGGUGUGACAAAGGAUCGGAUACAAUUGAAGUAUCCAAAUUAAAUGGCAAAUAUCGAAAAGUUUUGAUUCAUACAAAUUUACAAGAGCCGCGUGCAAUUGCCAUCGAUCCGUUCGAAAGGAAUAUUUACUGGAGUGACUGGGGUGAUAGGCCGCAUAUUGGAAAAGCUGGUUUGGAUGGUUCAAAUCAACGUAAAAUUGUUGAAGAUGGCCUUGGCUGGCCCAAUGCAUUGACAAUCAACUUUGAAACAAAAGAGCUCUUUUGGGGUGAUGCUCGCGAAGAUUUUAUUGCCGUAUGUGAUUUUGAUGGAGGAAAUCGAAAAAUUAUUUUGAGCCGUGAACGAAAUCCUAAUUUGAAUUUACAUCAUAUUUUUGCAAUUGCUGUAUGGGAGAAUCGAAUUUAUUGGAGUGAUUGGGAAACAAAAUCGAUUGAAUCGUGUGACAAAGAUCGGGGUGACAACUGUACAACGUUAUUGACAACAAUUCAUCGACCAAUGGAUAUUCGAAUUUUCCAUUCGUAUCGACAACGUCCACUUGAUGAUGAUGAUUCGGGCAAUGCAUGUUUGACAGCUGAAUGUGAAACACUGUGUCUGUUGUCACCAGAUCCACCAUACUAUAAAUGCGAUUGUCCAAAUAAAUUUUAUCUGCACACCGAUAAUAAAACGUGCAUCGCAAAUUGCUCAUCAGCCGAAUUUCAAUGUGCCACUACAAAGAAAUGUGUGCCAUUUUAUUGGUUGUGUGAUAGACAAGAUGACUGUGGUGACAAUUCUGAUGAACCAGUGUCGUGCAGAGAUUUCAAGUGUGAACCAGGUCAAUUUCAAUGCAUGAAUGGAAAUUGCAUAAGUCCGAUCAAAAUUUGCAAUGCUAAAGAUGAUUGCGGUGAUGGCUCUGACGAAAACGAAAAUUGUGAACGAUUCGUUUGUUUUGACAAGCAAUUUAAAUGUAGUGCACAUGGAAAUAAGACGGCAUUUUGUAUUGAUGAAACGAAAAUUUGUGAUGGAAUUCAGGAUUGUCCGAAUAACAUUGAUGAAUCUGAUUGUAAAUUUCAUGAAUGUCCACGCGAUAAAUUCAAAUGUAACGAUGGACGAUGUAUUCCAAAUGUUUGGACUUGUGAUGGAGACAACGAUUGUGCCACGCAUGAAGAUGAACACAAUUGUGAGACUCGGAACUGUUCCGAUAAUGAAUUCAAAUGUAAUUCAGGGCGUUGUAUACCAAAAUCUUGGACUUGCGACGGUGAAUAUGACUGUCCGUCAAAAGAAGAUGAGCCAACUUCGUGCACUUCACAAGAAAAAAAAUGCAGUGAUCCAGAUCAUUUUAGAUGUAAAAACGGCAAAUGUAUACCACAGCGAUGGCGUUGUGAUUAUGACUACGAUUGUUCUGAUAAAAGUGACGAACUCAAUUGUACGAUGCGCAAUUGUUCGGAGUCUGAGUUUAGAUGUGCUAAUGGUCGUUGUAUAGCAGGAAGAAUGCGUUGUGAUGGCGAAUUAAAUUGUGUUGAUUUUAGUGAUGAAGAAAAUUGCAAUGUAACAUGUGCUGUCGAUGAGUUCAAGUGUACAGGUCACAAUUUUUGCAUUCCAAAUGUUUGGAAAUGCGACGGUGACAUCGAUUGUGCAGAUGGAAUCGAUGAAAUGAAUUGUGCUUGCAAUCAGAAUCAAUUUCAGUGUAAAGACGGCCGUUGCGUUGAAAGUCGAUGGCGUUGUGAUGGCUGGAACGAUUGCAUAGAUGGUUCAGAUGAGGCGGUUGAAUUGUGUGCUGAUCUUCAAUGUGCUCAUAGUGCUGUUCGUUGUCGUAAUAAACGCUGUAUUCGAAAGUCACAAAUUUGCGAUGGUGUAAAUGAUUGUGGUCCUGGCGAUGAUUCCGAUGAAUCGUUUUGUGCUCGCUUCCAUAAAUGCACGGCCAAACAAUUUCAAUGUGAAAGUGAUCAAUUUUGUAUUUCAAAGCAAUUUUUGUGCGAUGGCGAGUUAAAUUGCGAUGAUGGCUCAGAUGAAAUAAAUUGCAUGUCAUCUGUUUGCAGUUUUGGUGCAUGCAGUCAAAUUUGUCUCGAAAAGAAAUCGGGAAAUUAUAAUUGCCGUUGUACCGAUGGCUAUUCAAAAGGUCUCAAUAAAAAUGAUACUUGUUCUUCAAAUGAAGAACCAUUGCUACUGAUUGCUUCAGACAGAGAUUUACGCUUUCUGCUACCAACUAAACAAAUGGAUAGCGAAAUUCACGGCCGAAUAACACUAUCAAAAAGUAAAAUUGAUGUAUUCGAUGCACAAAUCUUGUCAGAUACCAUACAUUUAUAUUGGAUAACGACACCGAAUAGAAUUAUACAAAAACUAGCAACAACCACAUUCAAUAGUAAUUUCAAGCGAAAAACAAAACGAUCCGCAGAACAAGAAGCCACUACUAUUAUUACUUCAAUACAAAAUCCAAAAUCUCUAGCAAUAGAUUGGGUAAGCGAUCGAAUUUAUAUAUUGGAUGCGGAAAAACGUCAAAUUGUUUCAACAGAUUUGAAUGGGGGUGAACAUGUAUUGGUCGUUGCAUCUGAUGAUCAACCAAUAGACAUUGUUGUUGAACCAAACUUGCGAAAGAUUUAUUGGUCAACACUUGACCACGGUAUUUUUUCGGCUUCAAUGGAUGGCACGGAUAAAAACAAUCUUGUUAAACAGGGUAUUGAAUGGGCAACUGGUUUGACUAUUGACUAUCCAACGCAAAGACUGUAUUGGGCUGACCAUCGCAAAGGCACCAUUGAAACGAUUCUACUCAAUGGAAAAGGUCGACAUAUUGUCACAACAUUUAAAAAUAGAACUAUGUUGCCGAAACGAAUACAAGUAUUUGAAGAUAAUUUGUAUAUCACAUUGUAUGAUCAAACAAUUUAUCGAAUAAAUAAGUUUGGACACGAUCAAGGUGAAAUUUUGGUAGAAAGUUUUCAGCGUGCAUCAGAUUUGUUUAUUCUACAUCCACUUCGACAGGAUUCAAAAAUUCAAAAUCCAUGCCAAAAAUAUCCAUGUGAAGAUCACCAUGUAUGCUUGCUUUCAUCAAGCGAUCGCUUAGGUCGUACCUGUAAAUGUUCUGAUUAUUUAUCAGAAAUGGCCGCAGUAGAAGGCUAUUUGUCGAUUUGUCGCAGUAUUACCCAGAAAUGUCCGCUUAAAUGUAAUCAGGGACUUUGUAAAAUAGUGAACGAUAAACCGAAAUGCAAAUGUCCAAUCGAUUACGAUGGUGAUUUUUGUGAACACUAUCGUUGUUCAGGCUACUGUAAAAAUCGUGGUGUAUGCUUUAUAGAUGCUUCCAAAGUAAAAUUGUAUAAUGAAAAUUCGAAACCACCAUUGAAAUGUGCGUGUCCACCAUCAUUUGAGGGUCCACGUUGUGAACAGCCUGUUGCGAAUUGCACAUCGCCAUGCUUCAAUGGUAUAUGUACGGAAAAAUUUGGUGAUUGCAUUUGUAAUUCAGGUUUUUCUGGACCCGAAUGUCGACAUUGUGAUGACUUGCAUUGUGAAAAUGACGGAAUUUGUCGAAAAAAUCAUCUGGGAAAAUCACGAUGUGAAUGUAAAAAAGAUUUCAAAGGAAUUCGAUGCGAAAGUAGCCCAUGCGAAGGAUUUUGCAACGGUCACGGAGAAUGCACGGUACACAAAAAUAGUCCAAUGUGUACAUGUAACAGUGGCUAUUGGGGAGCACAAUGUGAUCUGGAUGAAUGUACAAAUUAUUGCCAAAACGGUGGCACUUGUACAAUUACCCCGGAGAAUGAGAAGAUUUGCGAUUGUGUGCAAAAUUAUUCUGGCGAGCGAUGUGAAAACUAUCAAAGUAAUGAAAAUGGAUGUUUUGAUUAUUGCGAAAACGGUGCAAUUUGUCAAAUGGAUGCACAGCAACGUCCGACAUGCAUAUGCAGUGGAGAGUGGAUAGGCACCAAAUGUGAUACCCCUCCAUAUUGUCAGGAUCAGUGUGGAAACUGUAUUCCGGGCAGUUCAAUCAACGAAUGUUUAUGCUCGAAUGGAACAAUAAAAACAUGCAUAUCUUCUAAAUAUUAUUCAGCAGAAUCUAUGAAUAAUACAUUGAGCUCCGUUUCCAUUCUAAUAAUCAUUCUAAUUACAUUAAUAUCGGUUCUAUUUGGCGGUGCUUUUUACAUUUUAAGAAAACGUCGAAUAUGUCAACAUUUCUCACAUGCCCGACUAAAUGAAUGUGUUGAAAUGACAAAUCCAAUGUACUCAGGCGAUUUGCUAGAUGACACACCCGCAUUCAUUCAAACCGAUGAUACAAAGGGUCGAUUUACAAAUCAAUACAAUCCAGUUUACGAAUCGAUGUAUGCUGAACCAACAUUUGUGGGCACAGGAAAUGACAACAGUGUUAGCAAUAAUAUUGAGAGUAUAUCAAACUUUGUUCUUGAAGAAAAAACUGGCUUAUUACAACAAGAUGAGCCACGACUACCAGAUCUACUCUGAUAAUUGAAUGCUAAAUGUUUUAUGAGUGCUUCAAACAGCUGCACUUUUUCGAGUGAAACUUUCAACCAAAAAUAACAAUCCACAUGAAUUGAUCAAUUGAUUGGUGAUUUUUUUUUACAUUAUGUCUUUCGCCAGAUGAAAUGAUUUUCAAAUCGAUAUUAAACACGUAUUUUACUUUUACCGUAAUAUUUUGUAAAAACAUUCGGACAAUGAAGAUUUGUCAAGGAUAUGUCCUGUGACAGGACUUCUGUCAAAACCAAAGUCAAAAUAAAGAUAGAAAAAAUAAGAAGAAUUGACAGAAUAAAAUAAUAAUUUUGUUCUCAAGUUAAAAUACACAUUUCAAAAAAUAUGCAUGACAUUUAUGCUUUGGCAAAUUGGAUAUUUUUUCUUUUUUGAGAUUAUAACACCGCUAAAGAUAAGAAAAACUUUUAAAAAUGCCAUACAUUGUUAGCAAAGAGAUGCCGAUUUUAUAGCAAGAGGUUUGGUAGUAUUUCAAGGGUCGAUUUUAUCAUACUCUGGGCACUGAAUGAAAUUGCAACUAAACAAUUACGUCCAAUCAAAUUUGCACUCACCAAAAUAAUUCUCGGUAUAAAUAAAAUUGCAAACACACCUGUUGAUAAAAUAGGUCUCAGGAAAAUUAUAUAUGUAUAUUUAUAUAUAAUUAAAUAAUAAAGGCAGCUCCCGAUAAAUUCCACAAUUUUUUUUUACAAAUCAAAUAAUAUAUAUAUAAAUGUCAAGAGAAAAAAUUAAUUCAAAAGCCAUUUAGUGCCAGCACGCAUUGUAUUCAGAACCAAUUAAUUAUAUUGUACUGAUGUAAAAGAAAAUCAGUGUUAGUAUAGCUUAGUGUAUACAUUAUACAUCAUACAAGGUAAUUGAAAUGUAACUUUUUUUAUGCGCAACUUUAUAAUGUACAGUUAAAUAAAUGAAAUUUUCUAUUCCAAGCACA